AUGGCGUCUCACUUGUUUCUAUGGGCAUCCGGAACGAUCGCGAAGGACCAAUCAUGGGAUCUUUUACGUAACCUGAGUCCUGUAUCCUCCCUGCCAUGGGUAGUGAUCAGGGACUUCAAUGAUUUAGACAGUCACGCCGAGAAGAAGGGUCCAGUUUCCCAUCCGGAUAGCUUAAUUAGAGGUUUUAAUGAUACUUUACAAGACUGUGAUUUAUCCGAUCUUGGUAUGUCAGGAUACGAGUUCACGUGGGAAAGGGGUCAUAGAACGGAACAUUGGGUCGAAGAACGCCUAGACCGGGCAGUAGCAUCGCCUGCUUGGUGCGAUCUAUAUCAAGAAGCUUUGGUACAUAAUCUGCUGACUAUGUACUCAGAUCAUAGUGCGAUUUUGCUCACUUUGGAAGGUAGGCCGGUAAGACAAAAUGCCAGGCACUUUAAAUUUGAAGCCGCCUGGCUUUUAGACGGGAAUUGCAGGAAAGUGGUGGAGCACUCAUGGGGUUUCUCUCGUGGUCUCGUUUUCCAGCAACGUAUCGAACGAUGUGGCAAAGAUCUAUGGCGUUGGGGAGGGGAAUUGUUUAGGAAAUUCGGGAAGAGGAUUUAG